AUGACGGCCUCGGACUCGAACCUGUUCGUGCAGAAUGGCGAGCUGUACAUCUUGCCGACGCUCACAUCGGACGCCAUUGGGAAGGCUGCUAUACUAGACGGCGGCUCGUUCAAUCUCGGUGACGACUGCACGAGCAACAACAAGACUGCCUGUUCCGUCAAGUCGAACAACCAAACGGGCGCGACCAUCCAGCCAGUCCAGUACGCACGGAUCAGCACGAUUAACUCUGCCACCAUCGCGUUCGGCAAGGUGGAGGUUCGCGCGAAGUUGCCUCAGGACAACAAGUAUGGCGCAUGGCCGCUCAGCGGUGAGAUCGAUAUUAUGGAAUCACUCGGCAAUGGCAUCUCGUACCCCGCCCUGGGCUCUAACUUUGUGCGCUCCACGCUCAACUAA